CACACACAAAACGAAUGCUGCCUAAAACUGAAGAAAAAUAAACUUUUGCAACUGGAUUUAAUAAGUACUAUUAUUAUCAGCUAGGUUUGAAUUAAACACCAUAACUGAAAACAAACAACUUGUUGCGUGUCUUUGCUUUGGAUUGUGGAAAAUUAAAAAAGGGACCUAAAUGACUUGACAUGCAGACAUGAUGCAUAUUGCUCUUGCUUGGGGAGAUUUAAUAAUGUUUCUGCUUUGGUGUUGAGAAUUUUAAUCGCCAGAAUAAUUACUCGACGUAAAGCGGCGUGCUUCGGCAGAAUUCAGAUCAAUUCAGUGCAAUUAAUAGGGGGGAAAUAUAUGUUUGGGUGAGGAAAAAAAACAAACAUAAUGCUUGUUAAAAUUCGAUACAAACAUUCCUGAAGCUGAUUGUGUGUUUCUUUAGUUCAAAUCAAAGGAAACAUCCAUAUGCACAGAUGGACUCUACAAACCGUUUGGAAUAAAUUGGAAAGUUAUUACGAUUGUGCUCUUUUGGUUUUAUGGUGGUGCUUUGUUUUCAAUACAGAUAGCUCUGAAGUUUAACAUACCAUACGAAGUAGUUCUAUUAGCUUUUUAUUCGCGGCGACAGAAAGAAAACCUCACAUAGAAAUCACCCCCAGCACCGACUCAUCUGUUCAACGGAGCAGGGUUCGCUCGUCUGCCUAGUUGGUGGAUCUGUAACCCCGCAGAAGCGCUCAGAGACUCGCCGGCGAGCUACAGCACUACGUUCCCCCUACUAAUCCAGUGGGGACCGAGGCAGUGCAACAUGUCUCCAGCGUGCCGGACACAUGCUGCUGGCUUCGCCCGGCUCUGGGCAGUGUUUGGGUAUUCUGCCUGGCUGAAGUCGAGUACGAACUGGAUUCUGUGGUUUUCCUUGCUGUUCUCCACCACAAGCGCUCAAGAUGACGUGCCUCCCUAUUUCAAGACGGAGCCUGUGCGCGCUCAGCUGCACUUGGAGAGAAACAGGCUGGUCCUCACCUGCAUGGCGGAGGGCAGCUGGCCGCUGGAGUUCAAGUGGAUCCACAACAACACAGAGAUCACCCGCUUCUCCCUGGAGUACAGGUAUAUGAUCCCCUCGCUGGACCGCGCACAUGCCGGCUUCUACCGAUGCAUCGUACGAAACCGCGUGGGCGCCCUCAUGCAGAGGAGGACUGAAGUGCAGGUGGCUUACAUGGGUAACUUUGAGGAUGGGGAGCGAUCUCAGAGCGUGUCCCAGGGGGAGGGUGCGGUCAUCCCUGCCCCGCGGAUACAAAGCCUCCCCCAACCGCAGGUCACCUGGUUCCGGGACGGACGCAAGAUACCGCCCAGCAGCCGCAUAGCGAUCACGCUGGACAACACGCUGGUCAUCCUGUCCACAGUGGCUCCGGACGCCGGUCGCUACUACGUUCAAGCAGUCAACGACAAGAAUGGAGAGAACAAGACAAGCCAGCCAAUCACGCUCUCCGUGGAGAACGUGGGCGGCCCUGCUGAUCCCAUCGCCCCAACCAUCAUCAUUCCCCCCCGCAACACCAGCGUGGCCUCGGGGACCUCAGAGGUGACCAUGGAGUGCGUCGCUAAUGCCAGGCCCCUUAUCAAGCUGAGUAUCGUAUGGCGGAAGGAUGGAGUCCUGGUGACCAAUGGUCUGAGUGACUUUAACCGCCGGCUGACCAUCCUGAACCCAACAGUGCACCAGUCUGGACGCUACGAGUGCGAGGCUGUCCUGCGCAGCAGCAGCGUGCCCUCGGUCAGCGCCGGAGCCUACCUCCACGUUCUAGAGCCGCCCCAGUUUGUGAAGGAGCCUGAGAGACACAUCACUGCAGAGAUGGAGAAGGUGGUGGACAUCCCCUGCCAGGCCCGAGGUGUGCCGAAACCAGAGAUCCUCUGGUUCAAGGACGCGGUCCCUAUCAGCUCAUUGAAGAUUCCUCGAUACCGCGUGUUGCCGGGCGGCACUCUGCAGGUGAACGGGCUCCUGCCUGACGACACCGGAAUGUUCCAGUGCUUCGCGAGUAACCAGGCCGGAGAAUUGCAGACCAACACCUACCUCGCCGUCACCAGCAUCUCCCCGAACAUCACGGCGGGUCCUGCUGACAGCACAGUGAUCGAUGGCAUGUCAGUGAUUCUGCACUGCGAGACCUCGGGAGCACCCCGGCCAGCCAUCACCUGGCAGAAAGGAGAGAGGAUCCUUGCCAGUGGUUCAGUCCAGCUCCCCCGCUUCACUCUGCUGGAGUCGGGCAGUCUGCUCAUUAGCCCCUCCCACAUCUCCGAUGCUGGCACCUACAGCUGCCUAGCAACCAACUCGCGAGGCAUCGACGAGGCGAACGCUGACCUCAUCGUCUGGGCACGAACCCGGAUCACGAGCCCCCCCCAGGACCAGAGUGUCAUCAAGGGAACCAAAGCCACCAUGGCGUGCGGAGUGACCCACGACCCCAGCAUCACUGUCAGGUACGUGUGGGAGAAGGAAGGCUCAGUGCUCCACACCAACUCCAACCCACGCAUCCGCCUGGACCCCGACGGGACCCUGCACAUCUCCCAGACCUGGUCCGGAGACAUCGGCACCUACACCUGCCACGUCACCUCCGUGGGAGGCAACGACUCCCGCAGUGCACACCUCCGAGUCAGGCAGCUCCCUCACGCUCCUGAGAACCCUGUAGCAGUGCUGAGCUUGGUGGAGCGGAGAGCCAUCAACCUGACCUGGGCCAAGCCCUUUGACGGGAACAGCCCCCUCAUCCGCUACAUCCUGGAGGUGUCCGAGAAUAAUGCUCCCUGGACUGUGCUGCUGGCCAAUAUCGAACCCGAGUCCUCUGCAGUAACGGUCAGCGGCCUCAUCCCGGCCCGCUCGUACCAGUUCAGGAUCUGUGCGGUCAACGACGUGGGGAAGGGUCAGUUCAGCAAGGAGACCGAAAGACUGUCCCUCCCGGAGGAGCCCCCCAGCGCCCCCCCGCAGAACGUCAUCGCCAGCGGACGCACCAACCAGUCCAUCAUGAUCCAGUGGCAGCCGCCGGCCGAGAGCCACCAGAACGGCAUUAUCCGUGGAUACGUGAUACGGUACUGUCUGUCUGGGUUGCCGGUGGGCUAUCAGUAUAAGAACAUCACCAACCCUGAUGUGAACAACCUGCUGCUGGAGGAUCUGAUCAUCUGGACCAACUACGAGAUUGAGGUUGCAGCCUACAACGAGGCUGGACUGGGGGUCCACAGCCACACUGUGACCGAGUGGACCCUGCAGGGAGUGCCCACAGUGGCCCCGGGGAACGUCCAUGCCGAGGCUGUGAAUUCCACCACCAUCCGCUUCAGCUGGACUGCGCCCAGCCCGCAGUUCAUCAACGGUAUCAACCAGGGCUACAAGCUGUUGGCAUGGGAACCAGGUCAGGAGGAGGAGGUUACCGUGGUGACAGUGAGGCCUAACUUCCAGGACAGCAUCCACGUGGGGUACAUCAAAGGGCUGAAGAAGUUCACCGAGUAUUCCACCUCCGUGCUGUGCUUCACCACUCCGGGGGACGGGCCUCGCAGCACUGCCCAGGUCCUGCGCACGCACGAGGACAUCCCUGGUCCGGUCGGUCACCUGAGCUUCACUGAGAUUCUGGACACUUCUCUGAAAGUGAGCUGGAGGGAGCCAAUCGAGAAGAACGGCAUCCUCACAGGAUACCGCAUCUCCUGGGAGGAGUACAACCGCACCAACACGCGCGUGACACACUACCUGCCCAACGUGACGCUGCAGUACCGCGUGACGGGCCUCACCGCCCUCACCACCUACACCAUCGAGGUGGCAGCCAUGACCUCCCAGGGCCAGGGGCAGCUCUCCUCCUCCACCAUCUCCUCAGGGGUCCCUCCGGAGCUGCCGGGCCCCCCCACCAACAUGGCAAUCUCCAACAUCGGCCCCCGAUCGGUCACCCUGCAGUUCAAACCGGGCUACGACGGCAAGACCUCUAUCUCCAGGUGGCAGGUUGAGGCUCAGAUCGGUGUCAUCGGUGAGAAUGAAGAAUGGGUCUUGCUGCACCAGCUUCCCAAUGAGCCGGACGCCCGCUCCCUCGAGGUGCCGAACCUCAACCCGUACACCUUCUACAGGUUUCGAAUGCGGCAGGUGAACAUCGUGGGCACCAGCCCCUCCAGCCAGCCCUCCCGCAAGAUCCAGACCCUGCAGGCUCCCCCUGAUAUUGCCCCUGCCAACGUGACCCUGCGCACGGCCAGUGAGACCAGCCUCUGGCUCCGAUGGGUGCCCCUGCCGGAGUGGGAGUACAACGGGAACCCCGAGUUUGUUGGGUACCGGGUGCAGUACUCCCGCACGGGGACUGAGGGCCGAGCGCUGACCCACGGGAUCCCAGACCGGCUGGAGAGGGAGUUCACCAUCGAGGACCUGGAGGAGUGGGCGGAGUACGAGGUGCGCGUGCAGGCGGUCAACGGCAUUGGAGCGGGGCCCUGGAGCCAGCCAGUGCGGGGCCGCACUCGGGAGUCUGUUCCCUCCUCUGGCCCCACCAACAUCUCUGCCUUCGCCACCACCUCCAGCAGCAUCCUGGUUCGCUGGUCUGAGGUCCCGGAACCCGACAGGAACGGACUCGUUCUCGGAUACAAGGUUGUGUACAAGGAGAAGGACUCUGACUCGGCUCUGCAGUUCUGGACAGCCGAGGGGAACGCCACCCACAGCCUCCUGCUCAGCGACCUGGGGAAGUACGUCCUGUACGAGAUCAAGGUGCUGGCGUUCACGCGGAUAGGAGACGGGGUACCCAGCAACCCGCCCAUACUGGAGAGGACCCUGGACGACGUGCCCGGUCCCCCAGUGGGGAUUCUGUUCCCCGAGGUCCGGACCACCUCUGUGAGGCUCAUCUGGCAGUCCCCGGCCCAGCCCAACGGCAUCAUCCUGGCCUACCAGAUAACUUACCGGCUAAAUUCAACCAAUAGCAACACAGCAACAGUGGAUGUGCUGAACCCCAGUGCGCGGCAGUACACAGCGACCGGGCUCAAACCAGAGCUGGUGUAUGUGUUCCGCAUCACAGCUCAGACGCGGAAAGGCUGGGGGGAGGCGGCUGAGGCACUGGUAGUCACCACUGAGAAGAGAGACCGGCCCCAGCCCACCAGCUUGCCCACAGUCAGACAGGAGGAUGUGCAGGCCCGAAAGGUGCUGUUGUCGUGGGAACCAGGCAGCGACGGCCUCUCCCCGGUCCGCUACUACACCGUCCAGUACCGAGAGCUGCCGGACAGCAACUGGACUGUCCACUCAGCCUCAGUUAACCAUGAGGCCAGCUCUUACAUCGUGGACAGGCUGAAGCCCUUCACUUCAUACCAGUUCCGGGUGAAAUCGACCAAUGACAUCGGAGACAGCGAGUUCAGCGAGGAGAGCGAGGCAAUCACCACGCUACAGGACGCCCCGGAUGAAGCCCCAGUAAUACUGUCUGUGACACCGCACACUACAACCUCCGUGCUGAUUCGCUGGCAGCCUCCCUCGGAGGAGCACGUCAACGGGAUCCUGCUGGGGUUCCAGAUCCGAUACCGUGAGCUGCUGUACGAUGGCCUGCGCAGCUUCACCGUGAGGACGGUGAACAGCCCCACCGCGACCUGGGCGGAGCUGACCUCCCCUUACAGUGUGCGGAACCUGACCGAAUCCUCACUCACACAAUACGAGCUGGACAACCUGAGUAAACACAAGCGCUACGAGAUCCGACUGAGCGUGUACAACGCCGUGGGGGAGGGUCCGACCAGCGCACCGCAGGAAGUCUUCGUGGGAGAGGCGGUUCCCACUGGUCCACCGCAGAAUGUAGCCAUCCAAUCGGCAACCGCGACCCAGCUUGACGUCACCUGGGACCCGCCCCCUGUUGAGGCGCAGAACGGAGAUAUCCAGGGGUACAAGAUCUUCUACUGGGAGUUCCAGCGGCAGAAUGAGACGGAGCGUCUGCGGACCCUCUUCCUGCCGGAGGGCGGGGUGAAGCUGAAGAACCUGACAGGGUACACCACCUACAUGAUCAGCGUGGGGGCCUUCAACGCGGCAGGGGACGGCCCGCGCAGCCCGGCCACACGGGGGCGCACUCAGCAAGCAGCUCCCAGUGCUUCCAGUUUCAUCCACUUCGGAGAGCUCACCACCACCUCGGUCAACGUGUCCUGGGGGGAGCCCGUCUACCCCAACGGCAUCAUCGAGGGUUAUCGACUCAUCUACGAACCCUGCACCCCCGUCGAUGGAGUCAGUAAGAUCGUGACGGUGGAUGUCAAGGGGAACUCUCCCCGGUGGAUGAAGAUCAAGGACCUGGCGGACGGGGUAACCUACAACUUCCGCAUCCGGGCCAAGACCUUCGCAUAUGGACCAGAGGUGGAGGCCAACAUCACCACUGGACCAGGAGAGGGUGCCCCUGGCCCUCCCGGGGAGCCCUUCAUCUCUCGCUACGGCUCGGCUCUCACUAUCCACUGGGCGAGCGGAGACCCCGGAAGAGGCCCCAUCAGCCGCUACGUCAUUGAGGCCAGACCCUCAGGUACCACCCCCAGGGACCACUCACAACCAGAAACACUUAGAAACAGCAUUAUAGAAGAUGAGGGACUGUGGGAUAUCCUGAUCAAGGACAUCCCGAAGGAAGUGACAUCAUACACCUUCAGCAUGGACAUUCUGAAGCAGGGGGUGAGCUACGACUUCCGGGUCAUUGGGGUCAACGACUAUGGCUACGGCUCCCCCAGCGCCCCCUCCCCCUCCAUCUCCGCCCAGAAGGUGGCACCCUUCUAUGAGGAGUGGUGGUUCCUGGUGGUGGUGGCUCUGGUGGGGCUCAUCUUUAUCCUGCUGCUCGUAUUCAUCCUGAUCAUCCGCGGGCAGAGCAAGAAGUACGCCAAGAAAUCGGACUCAGGGAAUAACUCGAACUGCAACGCCCUGAGUCACGGAGAGAUGGUGAGUCUGGAUGAGGGACGGUUCCCAGCACUGGAGCUCAACAACCGGAAGCUGUCUGUGAAGAACUCCUUCUGCCGCAAGAACGGAGUCUACACCAGGUCUCCUCCUCGGCCCAGCCCUGGCAGCCUGCACUACUCGGACGAGGACGUCAGCACCAAAUACAACGACCUGAUCCCAGCGGAGAGCAGCAGCUUGACAGAGAAACCCUCGGAGAUCUCAGAGUCUCAGGAAGCGCUGUUCUAUGUAAAGAAUGCUGGUCUCCAUGUUCUUCCACUACACUGGGGCAGCGACAGUGAGUAUGAGGUGGAUCAAGACAGACCGAAGACGCAUUCCUUUGUGAAUCACUACAUCAGCGACCCCACCUACUACAACUCCUGGCGCCGCCAGCAGAAGGGCAUCUCCCGAGUGCAGGCCUACAGCUACACAGAGAGCGAUUCUGGGGAGCCUGAGCCCUCCGCCCUUCCUCCACCCCUCCCCCCACUGCCUCCCCUCCCCCCGCAGCUCAACAGUGUCCCCAAGGGCCAGGGGCAGGGCAGUCUGUACAGACCCAAGGGCAGCCGGACUCCCACCCCCCAGCAGCAGCCCUCCAUCCCUCCCAGCCAGAACAGCACCCUCUACAGGCCACCCAGCAGCCUUGCGCCUGGAUCCAGGGCCCCCAUUGCCGGAUUCUCGUCUUUUGUUUGAUGGCAUCUAGAAACAGAACUAUCCCCUCUUCCUCCUUUUGAUUUUUAUUAUGAAUUCAUUUUCCAGUAAUUUUUUCUUCUUUUUUUUUUUUUUUUUUUAAGUAUUAACAACAGCAAAAAUGAUGGCAAGACACCCCCUUUUUUCUCUCUUGCGUGUGUGUGUGUGCUUGUGCAUGUGUGUGUUUUUUUGAAAGACAAUCAUUUAAAAAUUGAAAGCAUCUAUAAUAUUGUUGCUGCUUGGGCGAGUUUGCAUGGUUUUUGCUUUUUUUAUAUAUAUUUUCAUUUUUAUUUUCUGUUUGUUCACACAACAAUUCUUUCAAAAAUAUAUAAUGUUAAAAAUACAAAGAAAGAUGAAGAAAAUAUGGAAAGAAAGAAAGAAAGAAAGAAAGAAAGAAAGAAAGAAAGAAAGAAAGAAAGAUGGCGAGAAAGAAAGCUGUAGCUACAGUUGCCCAAAGUUAAUAUGGCCACCCUCCAAAACUUGCGCUGUGAAUGGUUGUUUGUUAGAGAAAGUGGUUUGUGAAUAUAUUUAGAGUGUUUGUGAGAAUUGAGAGAUGUUCAGGACUGUUGGGAAAGCUGUGCAGAAUGUUAGUGUGCUGCUGGUCUGUCAAACCUACUCCGCUGUUCACUGGGAUAGGAGCCCAAGACAUUGUAGUGGGGAACGACCUGGAAACAAAAGUCACAACUGCAAUUAAACAACACAGACCAGUCAUACAAUACUGGUUAAAUCACCUAGGUCUGGUGUCUGUGUGUUAGGGGUUGUGCAGGAAAUUAGAAUCUGCCUUUUCCUUUAAGAGCAGCCAUCUUUUAUAAAUGGUGAUGUAAUCCUGAUGAUAGCUCAAGGUGCUGUUUGCUACAGACAUCUGCAACUGGGUUUUUAUUAUGGACUGGGAGCCAAAGCCCCAAUGUUUUGCCAUGUUUUAUAGUUAAGAACCACCAGCUUUUUUUUCAAAGAGAUAUUUGAAAUGAUCAGAUCAUUGAUUUUUUUUUUUUUUAACAGCAUGCAUUACUUUGGCCCACUGUAUGUGUCCUUUCCCUCUUCAAACCGUUCAUAAUGAUUGGGUACAGGCUAGGGGAGAUUAUAAUGACAGAAGGAUAACAAGUCACCUGAUCGUUAACUUUGACAGCUUGGUGGUUCUUUACUGUAGAGUGAUUGACAGAAUGUAUGGGCCUGGAGGUAGUCUUUGUAACCAUGACAACAGAGACACAGCACAGAUGCACCGUCUGUAUCUCAGCGUUUAUGAGAACUGGGUUGGACUUGCACUCGACACAGGUACAACAAACAAAAAGUGCCCUGUUUCUAUAGCAGUUUAGGCAUUACAGCAGGGAGCUCGACUUUUUCCAUUUGAAUACAUAUUCACUAAUAAAUUCCUUCCAUGGUAGCGUUAUGUUUUUUAUGCCAUAGAAAUGAACUGAGCCAUGUUGUGUUGCUAUGACGUCAGCACCCCACUACUGCAGAAGCAGCUCCUGCAAUUUAUUUACACUGGUGACACUUUUGUCCAUGGAUCACCUUAUGUGAACAAGACUCAUUACCGGGUCG